AUGCCCCACCAUUAUAAGGACACCGUCUCGACCGACCAGGCGACCUUUAUCGGCUUUGCCUGCGAGGCCAUCUUCUACGGGAUUUACCUUCUCCUCUUCGCGUCUGCGGUCGUGGUGCUGACUAGGAGGAAUGCCCCCGGUACUAGUAACAAAACGAUGCUGCUGGUCUCGUGCUGGAUGUUUGCCCUCUGCACGACACAUUUCGGGCUCAAUUUCAACAACGUUUACAACGGGCUGAUGGUCCAUCCCCGACCUCACAUCUCCGAAGAGACCAACCUCCUUGCCGGCGCCGAUAUGCUUUUCAGCAUCACAGACUUUUGCAGUCAGCUCAUCCUCAUUUACCGCUGUUACCUCGUCUGGGGCCGCAACAAAUGGAUUGUCAUCGUCCCCAUCCUCAUCGCCCUCGCUGCUGUUGGCUGCGGUGUCGGUCUCAUUGGGCUUGUUCUCACCAUCAACCCGAGCUCCCCACAAGCCCCCGCCGAAAUCGUUCCCGUCGGCGACGCCGCUUUCGCCAUGUCGCUCAUCCUCAACUUCACCGUCUCCUCACUCAUCGUCUCCCGCAUCUACUACAUCACCCGCGAAAACCGGCGGCACGGGAUCACCUACACGGACACCGCCAUCCAGCGCGCGAUCGGCAUCAUCGUCGAGGCCGGCCUGCUCUUCCUCCUCGUCCAAUUCGUCUUUGUCGUCCUGUUUGCCAUCGCCCACCCCGCCCAGGCCAUCCUCGUGCCAAUAGCGACCCAAGUCUACGGCAUCUCCCCGACGAUGAUCAUCGUCCGCGUUGGCCUCGGCUCGCACCUCCCCCAAACAACCGCCCGCGGCGAGUCCGCUGUUAACACGCUCCACUUUAUCGGCGCCCAAAACAACGCGAGAAGACGGGCAACACCCGCCGAGUCCCGGCUCACGGGCACCACCAACACCGAUGUCGAGAUGUCCGGGCAGGCAGGCCGGGAGAAGGACGGCGACAAAGAUGGGCAGAUCGAGCUGCGCUUGCCGUCGCUAACGUUCAGCGUUGCCGAGCGCAAGAGCGUGGAUGUGUAG